AUGACUUCAUCCAAGCAACCUGUUGUCAAUCGUCCGACCUCUUUAGAAGUCAAUUCAUCGAUACGCAACCUCAUAGAGAACCUGGUCAACAUCAAAGAUGAAACUGGAAAAUUCCUGCUCCAUCUUUCCGAUGGUCGUAUCAUUGAUACAAAAUCAUGGAAUGGAUGGGAGUGGACACAUGGAAUUGGUCUAUAUGGCAUCUGGAAAUAUUACGAAAUGACUGGAGAUCCCUCCCUUCUCAAAAUUAUCGAAGACUGGUUCUCGGCUCGAUUUGCCGAAGGGGGAACCACCAAAAACAUCAACACUAUGGUCGUCUUCCUUACACUUGCUUAUGUUUAUGAAAAAACCCGCAACCCUAUCUAUCUCCCAUGGUUAGAUGCGUGGGCUGAGUGGGCGAUGCAUGAGCUCCCAAGGACACGGUAUGGGGGGAUGCAGCACAAGACAUACGCGAUGGAACACCGACAGAAUCUUUGGGAUGACACCUUAAUGAUGACGGUUUUACCAUUGGCUAAGAUUGGCAAGUUAUUGGGGCGGGAGGAGUAUAUUACAGAGGCCAAAAAGCAGCUUUUGAUUCAUAUCAAAUAUCUUUGCGACCCGAAAAGUGGUCUAUUCUAUCAUGGCUGGACUUUCGAGGGUGGCGGCCACAAUUUUGCGGGUGCUCUUUGGGCGCGAGGGAAUAGUUGGAUCACCAUUGUGAUUCCAGAAAUUAUCGAGCUCAUGGACCUACCCCCAAAUGAUCCACUUCGUUCUUUUCUUCAGGAUACACUCGAAGCUCAGUGCGAGGCGUUGCAGCGCCUGCAAGAGCCGACUGGUUAUUGGAGAACUCUCCUUGAUCACAGUGAUCCGGGAUCUUAUAUUGAAGCAUCCGCAACUGCAGGAUUUGCAUUCGGCAUUUUGAAGGGUGUUCGCAAGCGCUACAUUGGAACACAAUAUCGCGAAGUAGCAGAAAAGGCUGUGGCUGCUGUUUUGGAUUCCAUUGACACGAAUGGUGAACUUCAAAAUACUAGUUUUGGCACCGGUAUGGGCGACACACUUGACCACUAUCGCAAUAUCGCUGUAACAGCCAUGCCGUACGGCCAAGCAAUGGCAAUGAUGGCUCUCGGUGAAUACUUGCGAACUUAUAUUUAA